AUGUUGCUCCGGUGGGCUUUGCUGGGGUUUCUGCUAGCCGUUUGCUGCUUCGAGGUUCAAAUUUGUGAUAAAGAAAAAAAAAGACGAAGACAUAAACUCAAUCGUUUCAAACAGGAUCAAAGAGCAAUGAGAAUUUUGAAAGAUGUGGUGAAAAAAUGGGUUUUGAAAAAUUGCAAGUUUUCAGGACACACCCCUCUUCAAGGAUCGCUUCUUCGAAUUGGUCAGUCAUUUAUAAUUUCAAAAAAUCAAUAAAAAAUCAAGGAUGAUCAUGAAGCCCAAGCAAUCAUGGUGUUAUUUUUAUUUGCGCAAGGGGUGAGGGAGCAAAAUGCGACGAAAUUGGACAAACUUUUCACGCAGUUUUCUUCUCUAAUGUUUUUCAACAAGGAGUACGCGGGAAUUGGUUUGUUUUAUUAUUUUCCAGCUUUUUUUGAAGACUUUCAUGAAAAGUUAGCAGAAAAAUGUACUUUUUCUUUUUUAUGUAGACAACUCAGAGUUGAAAUUUUAUGAGCUAAUAUUCAAAAAUCAAUUCUAAAAAGAUUCAAAAUGAAUGCUAAGCCGUUACGCCAUAUGCACAAUAAUCUAAACCGCGACGCAGCCGCUACGCUUCGAUCCAUUCCAAAUGCGACCAUGAAAUCUCCAGAGUGGUCCCUACAGGGGUCAAAUGAAGGUGCUGCCUGUAGGGGUUCAGAGCCUGAUCCCUCAGCCUCUAAAGCUCAAGUGGACCCUAUAGGGAUUUUCCAAUUUUCAAAAAGUACAUUCAUUAUCAGUUCUAAUGAUUUAGGCUUGAAAAAAGGCGAAGUCCAAAAAUAGCCAAUUAGGACAAUUUCUCUGGGUUAUUUUUGAACUUUUAACGUUUCAAACAACUUUAAAGGCUUAAAAUUGUGGGCUUAAAACAUUAAAAGCUUGAUAAAAUGGAUUUAUCGCAAGUUAGAAGCCUAUGGUCGCGUUGGGAAUGGCUAUUUCUUCGAAAAAAAUUAACCGCUUUUCAAAAAAGUUCGAACUUUAUCAUCAAAGCCAAAUUUAGAAGCCCAGACUCAUCAAAUAAUGUACUCUUCUUUAAAUUUUAAUCCUUUUUGCAAGCUUUAGUGGCCCCUUUAGGGGUUGGUAAAUUAGUCGCUAGAGGGGACCCUCCAAGGGACAUUAAGGUUGCCCCUGUAGGGAACGCUUCGGAUUUUUUUAUGAAAAAGAAUUUCAAACAUCGAUCCAUUCCAAAUGCCACCAUAAAAACGUUUUCCAGGCUUCCUGUAUGAGUUUGUCGACGAUAUCGAGAAAACCUAUGGGCCUGGAAAUGCAAGUAUGAAUGUAAGCUUUUAUAACUUUUUUCGAUUGGUUAGCCACGCCCCUUUGUAUCAACUUCAGUUCCACCUGGAUAGAAAGUUCAAAGAAACGGUCGACCUCCGGUACACGGGGAUCGAAAACAACUUGGUCUACAUAAACGGCGAGAAACAUUGGUUUUCGGCCAAUUUUUUCCGGGUAAAGAUGAUUUCUGGUUGAUCUUUUCUAAUCGAUAAAUUUCAGAGCCAUUCCACUCAAUAUCAGAUCAGCUGGAUGAUGAUCACAAAUCAAUCGGAGCCAGAGGCACAGGCGCUCAGAAAAUAA